GACACGCCGCUGCAGAAUGUGGCUGAUGGAGGUUCUGGUUCCGUUGCUCCGGCUCUACCUUUGCGGCAUGAAAGUCCUGUGGUACCAGAUGUUCCAUAAAUCCUUCACGAUGCCAGCCUUACCGUCUCAGAGCGGAAGAGUCGCCAUUGUUACCGGGGCAACCAGAGGAAUGGGCCUGGAGACCGCUCGGCAACUGCACCGGCUGGGCAUGCAUGUCAUCAUAGUUGGAAAUGAGAGAGAGGAGGGACAAGAGGCUGCGAGCAAACUCAACGCAGAGAACCACAGCGGAGGAAAAGCCGAGUUUAUUUUCCUGGAUUUGACGUCGCUGAAGUCCAUCCAGCAAUUCACCCAAAACUUUAAACAGAGACGCCUCCCUCUGCAUGUGCUCGUCAAUAACGCCGGUACGAUGCUCGUCCCGGAGCGUCAGACCCAGGAUGGUUUUGAGCUUCACUUUGGUCUGAAUUAUCUGAGCCACUUCCUGUUGACAAACCUGCUCCUGGACGUCCUGAAGGAUUCUGGGAAAGCGGGGCGAUGUGCACGAAUCGUCAACAUGUCGUCAGCAACGCACUAUGCCGGAGUUAUCGACAUGAACGACCUCAACAGGAGAUCCAGUUACAGUUCUCAUGGGGCGUACUCUCAGUCUAAACUGGCUCUGGUCCUGUUCACGUACUGCCUCCAGGAGCAGCUGACCUCUGCAGGCGCUCAGGUCACCGUGAACGCAGUGGACCCAGGGAUGGUGGACACAGCGCUAUACGAUAACCUGUGGACUUUAGCACAGAUGCUAAAAAAGCCUGUGGCUAAAAUACUGUUCAGGACACCAGCAGAGGGCGCCUCCACAGCCGUAUUCGCCGCAGUCUCGUCUCAAAUGGAGGGAGUGGGCGGAGUUUAUCUUUACAACGGUGAAAAAACGCGAUCGGCUGAAAUCUCCUACGACUCUGAUCUCCAGAUACAACUGUGGAAGAGGAGUUGCCAAGUGGUGGGACUGCAGUGACUAAACGACACUGAAAUACGAAAAUAACAUGUGAUACUAAACAGUCCAGUAAUAAAGUUACACUUAAAUCCCCCGAGUUUAACCUGAGACUGUCACAGAGUAACUAUAAACACAACACGUCUGUAAUCUGUGUCAGCACUGGGCCUGUCCACCUGAGAUUAAAUACAGAAUAAUACAGAGUAAUACAGAAUAAUACAAAGUUAUACAGAGUUAAUACUGAGUUAUACCCCCUGUUGAACAUGAACACAGCCUUACUGUCACCUGUGUGUUUUAAUGCUUGAGAAUGUUCCAGUCUGUGCCUUUCAUUUCUUUCAAUGUUGAUUUUAUCUAAUCAUUUUGUAUUUUAACUCAAAUAAGCAAGAUACAAUUUAUAGCACUGACUAGGUAUUUUUUAGUAUUUGUUUAGUGGUUCCCAUUAAGUCCUGGUCUAGUCCUGGUCUAGUCCGGGUCUAGUCCGGGUCUAGUCCUGGUCUAGUCCUGGUCUAGUCCUGGUCUAGUCCUGGUCUAAUCCGGGUCUAGUCCUGGUCUAGUCCUGGUCCAGUCCUGGUCCAGUCCUGGUCUAGUCCUGGUCUAGUCCGGGUCUAGUCCGGGUCUAGUCCGGGUCUAGUCCGGGUGUAAGUCAGACUGCACAUUUAUUAUAGAGACCGGUUUACCAAAAAAAAAGUGCUAAACCUAUUUUUGAAUUUAAAAUAUGAAUUGUAAAAACUUUGUGAAAAAAAACAUCUGUGCCUUUGUUUUUAUGACAGUAUUAAAAGUCUAAAUCUUAUUCAG